ACAACCAGUUGUGUUAGCAUUGAUCACUACUAGAGUCAUAUCGAUGCCUUCUGUCUUAUUUCUCGACCAAACUAACUGUCCUCAUGUGUUACUGUUGUAACAAAUCUAAGAUAUCAUAUGUGGUUAAACAACACAUCCAAACAGUCAAUUGACUACAAAAAUUUAUUUAAAAAACAUUUUUACGGAGUAACUGAUGCUGUGAUGACAUCCAAACUCCAAUACCUUAUUCACAACGAUAUGGUUAACAAAUUGCCUGAAAACGAUACCUGUGCUACAAAUUUGACCAUUAAGUGUGAACCUGAUAGUCCCUCUAGUGGUGGUGAUAAUAGUGCCGGUGAACCAGAAACUGAGUUUAUUAGUGUUCCCACAUCUCCAAGUGCUAUAGUAGCCAUGGGUUUAGAUUAUGACAACUCGGCUGAUAAUUCAGGUUCUGAAUGGAUCGGUAGAAGUCCUGGAGAUUGUGGCAAUGCUGAUGACUCACCCCCUCCUACAUCGAGCUCUAGGAUUUCAUUUUCAAAUGUCAAUCUUCAUUCUUCACCACUUCUUAACCCAACUAUUGAUAAGAAAACGAUUGAAUUUUGUGUUGUUUGCGGAGAUAAGGCUUCUGGGCGUCACUACGGCGCCAUUUCUUGUGAAGGUUGUAAAGGAUUCUUCAAAAGAAGUGUCAGAAAACAACUCAAUUAUGUCUGUCGUGCAAAUCAAGACUGUGAAGUGACAAAACAUCACAGAAAUCGAUGUCAGUUUUGUCGACUCCAGAAGUGUCUUCAAAUGGGAAUGAGAGCGGAUCACUGUCAGCCCGAACGCAAACCAUUAGCUCUUGAAGGCAGUGCUAGUGCUAUACAUGCAGUGAUAGCGGCCGCCACUAACCAAAAUCAAUCUCUGCCCACGCGAUCAUUCACAACAACGAGCACUAACUCAACUCUUCCUCAGAGGCCAAUACUUCCAAGAAGUGCUGAUAUAUCGAGUAUUUUUGACAACCAAACGGCUUUAUCUAUAAUGGAAGCAACAGCCAGUGGGACCAACUCUGGCCACUCUAUUCAUACAUCUAAAGCAAACGGGGAUUUAAGUACAUUAGCUAAUGUUGUCUCAAAUUUAAUGGCACUAAAACAAGUGGCUGUGGCAGCCAUUAAUGCAAAUGCGUGCAAUGAUAGGCCAGAUAUAAACAAAUUAGUUGACAAUACCGGUGGUAAUAGUGAUAACUGCAAAGAAACUAACAGUGCAACCGAUCGACAAAACCUUAUGAUAUCAAAAGCAGCUUUUGAUAUAAUGGCUAAAAUAGCUUCCGGUUCAAAGUCUAGUUCAGAUCAAACGGCACUUCUUUUUGGUGCAAUUGAUGCCGUUUGUGGACAAAACAAUGAUAAUGAAGACCUUUUUGAAAUUGAUGGUCCCAUACUCACUGAUCAACAUUUUAUAUUCAAUUUGACGCCCCCUAUAGCCGGUGCUUCGUUUCUAUCGUUACAAUAUAUUUGUGAGUCGGCAUCACGUCUUCUCUUCUUAUCUGUCCAUUGGGCGCAAUCUAUACCUGCUUUUCAAUUAAUGUCUAUUGAUGUCCAAACAUCAUUGGUUAGAGGCUGUUGGUGUCAAUUAUUUGUCUUAGGGUUAGCACAAACAUCACAAGUAAUGUCUUUGGCAACCAUUUUAUCAGCCAUUAUAACACAUUUGCAAACAACUCUAAGAGAGGAUAAAUUGUCACUUCAAAGAGUUAAAGGAGUGACGGAUCACAUCUGUAAACUACAAGACUUUGUUAAUUCAUUUCAAAAACUAGAAGUUGAUGACAGAGAAUAUGCUUAUCUUAAAGCUAUUGUUUUGUUUAGUCCUGAAAAUGCAGGCAUUGGUCUUAUGAUGAAUUGUCGACAAAUCGACAGAUUUCAAGAAAAAUCAGUUCGUGAGCUCAGAAAUUAUAUCAAUGAGACCUGUUGUUCAUCAGACGAGGCCAGCGAUAGGUUUGCUAAACUUAUAUUAAGACUUCUUCCACUUCGCUCAUUACUGCCCAACAUUACCGAAGAGUUAUUCUUUUCGGGACUCAUCGGAAGCGUUCAAAUUGAUAGUAUAAUACCUUAUAUAUUGAAAAUGGAUGCAAACGACUUCAAUGCAGAGUUCAUGUCUUCUAAGACCAAGACAUGCGACACAUCGCCUCUUCAUUCGUCAUCAAUGUCUUCAAAAUUUAAUAAUUGACGCCUUCUUUCUAACGUUUUAUUUUCAUUACUGUUUUGCAUAUCUAAUCAAAUUGUUUUAUAUGUUUGUUUGAAUUUCUUAGUUUACACUUUUCAUCAUUUUUAAUA